UUUUGAAAAAAAAGUUCCUAACUCAAUUACCAAACACCUCCCGAAAACUCAAAUCCAUAAUUUAGAUUCCAAUUCAAUCGAUCCAGAUUCAUCUUUAUGUAUAUAUUCAUACAUGUAUGAUUCAAAAGCAUGCAGCAUUUUGGUUCUCGAAGAACGGAUAUACGUCUUUGUUAUAUCUAGUCCCGGACCCUUAAACGGGGUUGGUUGUAUUGCGUGAAAAGGAGAUAAAGAACCUGAUGUAAAUUGCAAUCGUGUCUAUAUAUGUGUAUAUAAAUUAUAAAAUUGAAACAAAAUUGAUUGACAAUAUGACGCAAGAGGUGGUAGAUGACAUGAAUACCGAAAAUGCCGGUAGCAAGCAAAGGAUGGUAGCCGAGGAGGUGCUUAAACACGAGAAUCCGGAGAUCGUGGCUGAGGUCUAUAAUUUUCGGGACCUCGCUCACGCAACUGAAAACUUCAAUCCCGAUCUACUUGUGGGCAAAGGUGGAUUUGGGAGGGUCUACAAGGGUCAUCUGGAAGGCAAAGACCAAGAUGUGGCUGUGAAACAACUGGACAUGAUUGGAGUACAAGGGAAUAGUGAAUUUUUAGCGGAGGUUCUAACAUUGAGUCGUGUUCGCCACCCGAACCUAGUCAAUCUCAUUGGAUAUUGCGCAAACGGGCAUCAAAGGUUGUUGGUCUAUGAAUACAUGACCAACGGUUCACUUGAAGAACACAUUUUCGAUUUGGAUGACGACAAAACGCCCUUUGAUUGGCAUACGAGGAUGAUGUUGGCUAAAGGAGUAGCAAAAGGACUCGAGUACUUGCACAACGAAGCUGACCCUCCGAUCAUUUAUAGAGAUCUAAAAUCUUCAAAUAUAUUACUUGAUGAUGAUAUGAAUCCUAAACUCUCAGACUUUGGGCUAGCUAAGUUUGGCCCAAAAGAAGGAGAGGAUCAUAUCUCCACGAGAGUAAUGGGAACUUACGGGCAUUCGUCCCCUGAGUAUGCAAUGACAGGAGAAUUAACGACUAAAUCAGAUGUUUAUAGCUUUGGGGUUGUGUUUCUAGAGUUAAUCUCGGGUAGAAAAGUCAUUGAUCACCGAAGACCAUCCGAAGAGAAAAACCUAAUUACAUGGGCACAACCAUUGUUUAAGGACCAGAGUAAGCACCCGAUGGUGGCUGACCCAUUGCUAAACGGGGAUUACCCGAUAAAGUGUUUGCAUCAAGCCAUAGCGAUUGCAGCAAUGUGUCUACAAGAAGAACCAAACACAAGGCCAUACAUGAGUGAUGUUGUUGUGGCUCUUGACUACCUAGCCAUGGUUCAAGAUGAUCACAAACCAAGUGGCGAUUAAAAUGUUGUUUGAAAUCAUUGUACACCUUUUACUUUCAUAAAAUAUGUCACUAUAACAUUGUUUAGCUCAAAAAAAAUGAAUUUACUUUCGUGUUUCCUUUUAUGCAAAUCAAACAUAUAAAACAAGAUGCCAUAUAUACUUUACAUGGUGAAUAUUUAUAGAUAUAAUUGUACGGAAAACUGACUGUCAAUAUCUGAUGUACCAUGUUUUGUUUAAUACGGUGGUUAAACAUCGAAUUGGCUAACAUCAUCUUUAAGAUUUCGAUAACUGAAACUAGGGAUCUUACUCAAUCUAUGGUGGUUGUGGUGGCGGCUGUCUGCGACAUCUACCAUGGUGCACAUUCUAGGCAAAAACCUACCACUACCGUCGCCCUUCCUCUUAGCCCUCCGCCAUGUCAAGAAUCCGAAACUAGGCCAAAAUUUAGAACCACCACCGUCACCACCGUGUUUUUUGUUGGUGUUUGAAGUGGUUCUUAUCGAACACUUUCCAUGAUCACCACCACGACUGUCAGCUUCAAGUCUUUUGAAAUACUCUAUCUCCUUCAUCACAAGGUUUCCUACUGUACCACGUGCUCCUAUCUCAAUUGGAACCGGAUCACCACCAGCCAUCUUUUCCGGCAAGAUGGUGGCGGUGAAGGUGGUGGUCAUGGUGUUUAUCUAAUGUGGGGAAAGAUUUCUUUCGGUGGAAUGCACUUGUUUUGCUUUG